AUGACAUCAAUGUGUUCCGACAAUCUUGAAUAUAUCUCAUUGAACGCGGAACGGAAUGGAAUCGCACUUAAGUGUCCAUUUCAAGUGAAUGGACAUACAUACAAACGUGGAUACUAUUUAACUGACGGGAUCUACCCUACUUGGUCAACGUUUAUGAAAACGUAUCCAUAUCCCGUCGAUCCGAAUGAAAAGAAGUUCAAGAGAUUGCAAGAAUGGGCAAGAAAAGAUGUGGAGCGUGCUUUUAGUGUGCUAAAAGGAAAAUGGGACAUACUUAAGAGGCUCAUGUGUGUUAUGACUGUAGACAAGAUUAUGAGCGAAAGGUAUACAUGUAUCAUAUUGCACAAUACUGUACUUGAGGAGUUGAUGGAUCGAGAUACGCAUUUUCGACUUAGAAAUGAUCUUGUGGUCCAUCUUGCAGCUCAAGAUCUACCGUACCUCGAGGAGGAAGGCGAGGAUUAG